AUGGUCUACUCCCCACAACGGCGACAUGCCGUCUCUACUCUCACUUCCACUGCUCAAACCCUCAUGGUCCUUCAACACCUUUACUCCCCUUCUUUCCUCCUUCUCGCACUCCGUACAUUAGUAUCGAUCCGUCUGACAGCUUCAUUAGGCGACGGUUCACCUCCUAAACAUUCUUUACUAGGUUCGGUCAUUUUACUCACUUGGGUGAACGUUACAGCUUUGGUUUGGCAUCUCAUCAAUGGACCUCAGGCGGGUAAAAGUUUGAUCAUUGAUUUUGUAGGACAGGCUGGUUCAACAUCCCUCACUCGUAUACUCCUCCUCGACAUUCUCAUAUACAUCAUACGAAUCAUAGCUCUAGUAACAUUAUACAUAGUGAAUAAUGAAACCACCCUUAAAUCUGAUCAACUACCGUAUGACGAUCUACUCCUUCCUCCGGAUAUACCAAAAGAAAGUAAGGAAAGUCUUAGGAGACGUAAAAUUCGAAAAGAUAAAUGGUUUGAUGUGGGUGAUGAAGAAAUGUGGUUGAAUGAAGAAGGUGAAAUCCCUCAAGCAUUCUCUCCAGCUCCUACACAAUCUCAAAUAAACGAUCCUCCACUCAUAUUUUCCCUCCCAUUCCAACACUUGAUAAAACUCAUCAUACAUCUUCCUCACCCUCAACCUACAAGAGCUUUUUCAGGUGGGACACCACCUGUCACUCCGUCCAUAAGAGAACGACCUGAUCCUCCGUUACCCCCAACAUCAUCGAAUAAUGUGGAAACUUCUACAACUUUUGUCCCACCCAAUUCUACUUCUACUUCUACUGCUGCUCUACUUUCAGUCCCUUCCGCUUCCACACGUAUACUUCCCAAUACAUCUAAUUCAUCUUAUCCUCCGACAAAUUCUCUCACUUCUGGCACUCCAUCCCACCCUCCACCACAUUCUUCCGUUCCUAGGGCUUCAACCCAACCUUUUUCAUCUACACAUCCUCUUCCAAAUAUACACCCGCCAAAUUCGGAAGAAUCAUCCGAUCCUACUUACCGUCCCAAUUUAGGACAAACACCCAAUCUAACCCACCCACCAAAUACGAUCCACCCACCCGAUUCAGAACAAUCACCCGAUCUCUUGACUCUCUUAGGUAUCUCGCCCUCCCCCUCACAUCACACCCCUCGACCUGAAGACCCGGAGGGAGACGUAUCUAAUUUCAUGCAUUAUUUCACCGGUAUAACCCGAUCUGAUCCGUCCUCAACAGAUCCCAAUCCGACUCGUAGAGAUCAAGAAGGGCAAGGAAGAGGAAGGAUACCUGGUUCGUAUGAAGAUUGA